CUUCAUGUUUAAAGCAGAACUCGUGUGUGGUGUAGACGCGACUCUCUUCCACAGCAUCUUUGGGGUCACAGGACCAGGCGCUGUUUGAGUGGACUCAGUCUCUGUCUCUGCCCCCAAGCCUCCUGCGCUAGCCAUGCCCGUGCCCACGGAGGGUACCCCGCCACCCCUGAGUGGCACCCCUGUCCCAGUCCCAGCCUACUUCCGCCAUGCAGAACCUGGCUUCUCUCUCAAGAGGCCCGGAGGGCUCAGCCGGAGCCUCCCACCCCGGCCGCCUGCCAAGGGCAGCAUCCCCAUCAGCCGCCUCUUCCCUCCUCGGACCCCAGGCUGGCACCAGUCCCAGCCCCGGAGGGUGUCGUUCCGGGGUCAGGCCUCAGAGACCCUGCAGAGCCCCGGGUAUGACCCGAGGAGGCCAGAGUCCUUCUUCCAGCAAAAUUUCCAGAGGCUCAGCCGCCUGGGCCAUGGCUCCUAUGGAGAGGUCUUCAAGGUGCGCUCCAAGGAAGACGGCCGGCUCUAUGCUGUAAAGCGCUCCAUGUCACCUUUCCGGGGCCCCAAGGACCGGGCCCGAAAGUUGGCUGAGGUAGGUGGCCAUGAGAAGGUGGGGCCGCACCCUCGAUGCGUCCAGCUGGAGCGGGCCUGGGAGGAGAGCGGCAUCCUGUACCUGCAAACGGAGCUGUGCGGGCCCAGCCUGCAGCAGCACUGUGAGGCCUGGGGCGCCAGCCUGCCGGAAGCUCAGGUCUGGGGCUACCUGCGGGACACUCUGCUCGCCCUGGCCCACCUGCAUGGCCAAGGCCUGGUCCACCUUGAUGUCAAGCCCGCCAACAUCUUCCUGGGGCCCCGGGGCCGCUGCAAGCUGGGUGACUUCGGGUUGCUGGUGGAGCUGGGUACAACUGGGGCCAGUGACGCCCAGGAGGGAGACCCCCGCUACAUGGCCCCCGAGCUGCUGCAGGGCUCCUAUGGGACAGCGUCGGAUGUGUUCAGUCUGGGUCUCACCAUCCUGGAAGUGGCGUGCAAUAUGGAGCUGCCCCACGGUGGGGAGGGCUGGCAGCAGCUGCGCCAGGGCUACCUGCCCCCCGAGUUCACUGCCGGUCUGUCUGCUGAGCUGCGCUCCGUCCUCGUCAUGAUGUUGGAGCCAGACCCCAAGCUGCGGGCCACAGCCGAGGCCCUGCUGGCCCUGCCCGUGCUUAGGCAGCCACGGCCCUGGAGCGUCCUGUGGUGCGUGGCUGCCGAAGCCUUGAGUCGAUGCUGGGCCCUGUGGCAGGCCCUGCUCACCCUGCUGUGCUGGCUCUGGCAUGGACUGGCUCACCCUGCCAGCUGGCUGCAGCCACCAGGCCCGCCGGCCACGCCGCCUGGCUCCCCGCCUGGCUCCCCGCCCUGCAGCCUCCUCCUGGACAGCAGCCUUUCCAGCAACUGGGACGACGACAGCACAGGGCCCUCACUCUCCCCUGAGGCCAUCCUGGCGCGGGCAGGGAGCACCUCCACUCCACGGAGCAGGGAUGCCCUGGACCUCAGUGACAUCGACUCAGAGCCUCCCCGGGGCUCCUUCCCCUCCUUUGAGCCUCGGAACCUCCUCAGCCUCUUUGAGGACUCCCUAGACCCAACCUGAGCCCCAGGCUUGGCCUCUGCACUUUUAGCCUUUUAUCCUGUUUCCCUCCCAUCCCCCU